UUGUAAAUUUAUUUUUAAGCAAAGUCGCAUUUUUGUAAGGCUUUUUUUUUAAAUUUUAAAUUGUUAAACAUGGGCUACGCCCAUGGAUUCAAGGCAGAGAUGGUCGUGAAUGGCUCGAACGAAAUGCCAAUUUCGGUUUGUAUGUACACAAAUGUGUGACUGUUGUGUUUAUGCGCCAGCUUCGAGCCAGUUUGUUGCCCCUGCUCUUGCCGCUUCUCGGCCUUCUUCAGUUCUUCAGCUCUUCUGUUGGCGUUUCCAGCCAGAGUCCCGAACUCGAUUCGACUACAAGCCGACGCAACUUAAAUCCAAUUCGACGCAAAGCAGUCGCGCAGACGCAGUCGCGGCUUUGGUCGCUCGGGGAUUACACCUUGCGCAGCGCAGCAUUCCAUCGAUACUACAAUACUACGGCCUCCGUUAUUGCUCUCCAAUUUUCGUUCUCAGCUGGUUUCGAAAGUCGAACUCUCCACGGGGAAAGCACAGGCGAGCAGGAGAAAGAGCCAAGAUGCGUCAGCGGUGCGGAAGUGUUUACACCUGGAACUGCGCCGGCGAGCUCUAUGCCAUCGAGUGCUCCCUGUGCGAGCAGCGCCCCCUGUGCGCUCUCUCCGAGUUCCCGGAGCACAUGGACGUGUGGCACUCCGACUGGCAAGCACCCGACGCCCAAGUCGAUGAAGCCACCUGCUCAUCUGAAGCCGUUCCCGAGGAUGAGCUCAUGCAGGAGGUGCUGGCAGAGCAGCGAACCAAUGGCGAGGACAAUGAGCUCAAGCAGCAGCUGGUUCUGGAACUAAAUGCCACCGAGGAGGAGAUGCUUCCAGAUGAGUCGGUAGUUUCCGUGCAACCAGUGGAUGCUCUUGCUGAAGCAGAAACAUUUGAGCCGCCAGGGGAAUUGGACAAGUUUUUGGAUACAUCCGAAGAACCAGCUACAAAUGCUGAAAUAGAAUCCCCACGAGGCCCAGAUACCACUAUGCAGGAGGCAUCCCCCGUUCCGGAGGGCCAGCGUCUCAGCAGCCAGCACAUCCAGCGCCUGAUCGAGUUGUACCGCUCGGAGCCGCGUCUCUGGAACCAGUCGCACGCGGAGUUCCACGACAUGGAGCUGUGCCGCGCCUCCUGGCGCCGGAUCACCGACGCCUGGGGAGCCUACUGCGGCCGGAGCUUCAGCGUGACGGACGUCCGGAUCCGGGUGUCGACCCUCUGCCAGCGGUUCCUCAAGCAGCGGGAGCGCCUGGAGGCGGACGGUGAGCUGGACGACGCCGCCAAGUUCGCGCACUUCGACCAGCUGGGCUUCCUCUGCGAACAGCAGUCGCUCCUGAAGCGCCAGCGCCACUACGCCCGCGAGAACCGUCGCCUCUUGGAGCUCUACGAGCACUACCCGGUGCUCUGGCACAACGCCCACAAGAGGGUGCGGUGCGCGGAGUCCGUGCGCCAGCGGCAGGACGCCCACCUGGGCCUCCAGAUGGCGCUGAGGCUCUCGGGGAUCACCCUGUCGCCGGUGGUCAUCCAGCGGCGGCUGCAGUCGCUGCGCAAGCGCUAUCGCCUGGAGAAGAUCAGCUACCUGCAGAGCGUGGUGGAGGGCAGGCAGGCGGAGUUCGUCUCCGGGUUCGAGCACUACGCGGAAAUGGAGUUCCUGCACAAGCACAUCGAUCCGUACGUGUGCGCCGUGUGUGGCAAGAUAUUCGAGAAGCUGGAGGGCCACCAAGCCCAUGUCCAGAGCAGCUGUGAGGCGCGCAGAGCGGGUGAGCCAGAGGACGCGCAGGCGGAGGCGGACCAGAGCCUGCAGAAGCACCUGAAGGUGGUGCUGAGCGAGGAGAACGAGCUGGUCAGGAAGUUGACCCAGCAGACAGUCGAUCUUCUCAAGGAGAAGCUGGCAGAGGCACCCAUGGUCGCCCAGUCGGUGGAGGACUCCCUUGGGAGUGGAGCCGGUGGCCAGGAGACACCUGGUCUGCCCAGCCUGGCCGAGGCCUGUGCCGCCGCCCAGUUGGACGAUCCCGGCGAGCUGGACACCUUCCUGGAUCCCGUGGAAGCGGAGUCCGCCGAGGGAAGAGUGAGUCUCCGGUUGAGCCCCUCGGAAACCCAGGAGCUGGUCCGUCUCUACCGGUCGCAUGUGUGCCUGUGGGACCCCAACCACCUGGACUACCAUGCCCGCAACCAGAGGCGACUGGCCUGGCAGGCCAUCACCGAGGAGCUGACAACGAGGGCUGACAGUCGAGGUGGCCAGUCGAGGUUCACCUGGCAGAUGCUGCACCGCAAGAUCACCGACUAUACCAAGUACUACCGCAAGGAGCGGCAGCGGCAGAUCAGGCAGACGGACCCCCCACUCCAGCUGGAGCCUGUUCGAGGAGUUCCGCUUCCUGGACGACGUCCUGCCCAUCAGCAGCGAGGUGCAGAAGACGCUCAGCCAGCGGGAGACGAGCCUGAAGAUCAUCGCCGUCUAUCAGAGCAGCACGCAGCUGUGGUGCACCGACCACCCGGACUACACCAAGCGGAGGCAGCGCCAGCGGCAGCUGGUGUCCCUCUGCACCAGGCUGCAGGAGGAGUGCAACCUGCAGAUGACGGUGGAGCGGCUGAAGAGCCGCCUCAUCGAGUUCCGCUGCCAGUAUCGCCACUGCAAGGAGGCCCGCCUGGAGGCGCUGAAGGAGUCGAGGCCGUGGACACCCAACUACGAGUACUACGAGCCGCUGCGCUUCCUCGAGCUGCACGUGGCGCCCUUCCAGUGUCCCAGGUGCCCGGCGUCGUUCAAGCGCCGCACGGACUACCUGCAGCACGAGAGGAAUGUCCACGCGGAGGCGGAGAAGUCCCUCGACGGGGAGUUCUUCUACGUGCGGCGGAGAGGGAAGCGGGGCAAGUCCAGGGAGGACCAGAACAUGGCGAACAUCUGUCACAUUUGCGGCCUGAAGUUCUCGCUGAGGAACAGCCUUCUGGCCCACCUGCGCCGCCAUCUCGGCCAGAGAACCUUCGCCUGCGCCGAGUGCCCCAAGAAGUUCUUCAGCUCGACAGCGCUGCGGGUACACCAGCGGAGCCACACGAAGGAGCUGCCCUACGUGUGCGAGCACUGCGCCCGGGGAUUCGUGAAUGCCAGCAAACUGAACCAGCACGUCAAGCGGCACAGGAACCAGCGGGACUUCCCCUGCAACAGGUGCGAGAAGGCCUUCUACACGGCCCACGAAAGGGAUCGCCACCUGCGCGCCCACCUGAACAUCCGGGACAAGGUGUGUCCGUACUGCUCCCGCGCCUUCGUGGUGGGCAGUGCCUACUACGCCCACCUCAACCUCCAUCGCAGCGAGAAGCGCUACGCCUGCGCAGCCUGCGGCACGAGGUUCGCCCAGUACGCCGGCCUCUACAAGCACCGCAGACGCUGUCUUCCGGCAGAGGUGAUUGAGGAGUGAUUUCGAGGCAUGAUUCCAUUUGUUACUCUUUUCGGAAAGGAAAUGUCCAAGCAAGCACCUUAUCUACAUUAAAUAUUGAUUAAUUGUUACACUAGAUCAUACAUUUUUUCAAAAAUGUUCAAAAACCUUCCUCGAGUACAAAUCUUUUGAAAUUUGCCUUCAGUUAAGAAGAAAAUCAAAUUUAAACAAAUAACAAAUAUUGUUCGACAGAAUGAAUCUAUGCCAUAUCAAAAGAUAUUUGAAAUACAUCCGAAAUGAAAAAUUUCAAGGAUUUUAGUAAAAAGGCUACAUUUGUAAAUAUGCUUUAAGUUGAAUUGAAAAAAGUGUUCACUACUUUAAAAUAUUCAUAGGUUAUUGUUCUAUUUAACAUUUUAAUAACUACAAUUGGUUUUAAAAUACAGACACAUCGCGAUGGCUGCAAUAUUUAAAUAAAUACCCAACAAAUACACAAGUACAUAAAUUAUUCUAUUUUAGGGAAAUGUAUUUAUCAAAAGUAAUGCAAUUGUAACCUAUUCAUACACAUCUAAUAUGAUUUUUGAUCUUCGUAUUUCAACAAGAAAGUAUUAAAAUGGAUUUAAAAUUA